GGACUGGCCCGACAACACGGAGGUGUGUUUUUCAGACGUGCUUACAGGUCGGAAGCUUUUACCGGGACAUGUAGAAAUUUAACUGUAACACACAAUGUGCGAGGCACCCAUGUUACAUUCCCCACCUACUCUGCGCCUGCUCUGUAACGAAGACGAAGCAUAUAUAGAUUUGUGUGAACUUGAAGCCAUGGACGGUGACUUGGAAGCUGCCUCUGAGCGAAUUCUGUUGGAACCAUACAAGUACUUGUUGCAACUGCCAGGAAAGCAGGUGAGGACAAAACUAUCCCAAGCAUUUAACCACUGGCUUAAUGUUCCAGAGGACAAACUGCAGGUGAUCAUCGAGGUGACAGAUAUGCUGCACAACGCCAGCUUGCUCAUAGAUGACAUUGAGGACAGCUCCAAGCUGCGGCGGGGCUUCCCCGUGGCCCACAGCAUCUAUGGCAUCCCCUCCGUUAUCAACUCAGCCAACUACGUCUACUUCUUGGGGUUGGAGAAGGUGCUGACCCUGGAGCACCCUGAGGCUGUCCGAGUGUUUACCCGGCAGCUGCUGGAGCUGCACCGUGGUCAGGGCCUGGACAUCCACUGGAGGGACACCUACACCUGUCCCACUGAGCAAGAGUACCGCAACAUGGUGCUGCAGAAAACUGGAGGGCUCUUUGGCCUGGCUGUGGGCCUGAUGCAGCUCUUCUCCGAUUGGAAACAGGACCUGAAACCCCUCCUGGACACGCUGGGCCUCUUCUUCCAGAUCCGCGAUGACUACGCCAACCUCAGCUCUCGUGAGUACAGCGAGAACAAGAGCUUCUGUGAGGACCUGACUGAGGGCAAGUUCUCUUUCCCCACCAUUCAUGCCAUAUGGUCACGUCCAGAGAGCACCCAGGUGCAGAACAUCCUGAGGCAGCGUACAGAGAAUGUGGACAUCAAACGAUACUGUGUGGAUUACCUGGAGAAGGUAGGCUCGUUUGCCUACACCCGUCAGACUCUGCGGGACCUGGAAGUGGAGGCCUACCGCCUCAUCAGGGAGUUCGGGGGAAACCCUCAACUGGAGAGCCUUGUCAAACACCUCAGCAAAAUGCAUAAUGAGGCUGAGGACACAUCAGAGUCCAAUACUGAGCCAUGCUCCAGCCACAACCACUGACCUCAUCCACUUUUCACUGUUACAUACAUACUAGGCCAGCACACUCCACUAACACAGAAGCAUUGCUAAUGAUGCAGACGUACACCUUCCUGAUUAGCUCAACGCACAUACUUGUAUGUUACAUUCAAACUAUUUUGAGUCACAAUUAAUCAUUAAACUUGAGCAGUUGAAUUUUGGUAAACAGAUUUGACUGCAGCUGUGAGACCAUAAAGCAGCCCCAAAUGUUGCCUCUCACUUUUGUGCGCUAGAUUCUUCAAGUGUUGCUUAACAAAGUACACAUCACCAAUUUUUUCAUUCAAGUGUAGCUGUGCAGUCAGUGGAAGAAAUGAAUUGAAAUAGAAGCUAACUUCUUCUGGUUUGCUUUUCUGAAAAUGAAAAAUAACAAGAUGACAGCAAAGCUUAAAAGCCUUCCUUUUUGAUGUGCACUACAGUGCAUAUAAAUGUAUUUUUUUAUGUUUUGCCACAAAAUGAAAAUUGUUUAUUCAGGGCGGCGUGAAUGUUGGAUGUUUUGUUUUUUCUGAAGUUCCUGUUUAGGAUAAGAUGUGGAUGUCUCCAGUGUAUGAUGUGUGAUUUGGUGAUCCUUAAUCAUUAAGCUACCAGAGUGCCAUGUAAAUCUGUUGAUGCUUUGUUGAUGACUGUUUUUCCAUCUGGUUCAGAUUCAGCACAGUUCUAAACAUCUCUAAUAUUUUAUGAGGGUGAUUCAGUUCUGACAUUUGUAAGGAGACACUGUUCUGCAGUUGAGAACUUAUUUGCAUCUAUUGAAUAAAAAAAACCUAUAAAAGAUAA